CUUUAACGUUGCCGCGGCAGAGAGGCUGUGAAGUGUUGCUAUGGUAACGGCUGUGCGUUUGAAGGAGUCGUGUAGAAAGCGGAAGUGUCUUAUCCUUAGCAGCAGGGAUGGCCGACGAGGAGACCGUUAAACCGGAUGCUCCAUUUCCCGUGACCACUGACCCUACUAAGAAACCGCGCCCCAGAAAAGCUCCAGAGCUUCCUAUACUGGAGAGAAGGAACUGGCUCAUUCAUCUGCACUACAUACGUAAAGACUAUGAGACCUGCAAGGCCAUCAUCAAAGAGCAACUCCAGGAGACUCAGGGCAUGUGUGAAUAUGCUGUGUAUGUCCAAGCUCUGAUCCUGCGUCUGGAGGGGAAGAUCCAGCAGUCUCUCGAGCUGUUCCAAAGCUGUGCCAUUCUCAACCCCACCAGCUCAGAUAAUCUCAAACAAGUAGCCCGUUCCCUGUUUCUGUUAGGAAAGCACAAAGCUGCUAUUGAGGUUUACAAUGAGGCAACCCGUCUCAACCAGAAAGACUGGGAGAUCAACCACAAUCUUGGAGUUUGCUACAUCUACACCAAGGACUUCAAGAGUGCUGAGGAGCAGCUCAACAUGGCGCUGCAGCAAAACAAGCAUGACAUGACCUACAUGAUGCUGGGGAAGAUCUACCUGUUAGAGGGAGACACAGAAAAGGCCAUAGAGAUCUACAAGAAUGCAGUGGAGUUUUCCCCAGAGAACACAGAGUUGCUGACCACACUGGGGCUGUUGUACAUGCAGCUCGGUAAAUAUCAGAAAGCCUUUGAACAUCUUGGGAAUGCACUGACAUAUGACCCAAACAAUUACAAGGCCAUCCUGGCAGCAGGCAGUAUGAUGCAGACACAUGGGGAUUUUGACGUGGCCAUGAAUAAAUAUCGUGUGGCAGCAUUUGCUGUGCCUGAAAGCCCACCACUUUGGAACAACAUUGGCAUGUGCUUUUUUGGCAAGAAGAAAUAUGUAGCUGCUAUAAGCUGUCUGAAGAGAGCAAACUACCUGUCUCCAUUUGACUGGAAAAUUCUGUAUAAUCUGGGUUUGGUGCACCUCACCAUGCAGCAGUACGCCUCAGCCUUCCACUUCCUCAGUGCUGCCAUUAACCUGCAUCCACGCAUGGGAGAGCUUUACAUGCUCCUGGCAGUUGCUCUGACCAAUCUGGAUGAUGUAGACAAUGCACGCAGGUCCUAUGAACAAGCUGUUCAACUAGAUGUCUCCAACCCUCUGGUGAAUCUCAAUUUUGCGGUGUUGCUGUAUAAUCAGGGAGACAAGAAGGCAGCACUGCAGCAAUACCAAGACAUGGAGAAGAAAGUCAACAUGUUGGUGGAGAGCAACAGCAACACUGAGUUUGACCCAGAGCUUAUCGAAAUGGCUCAGAAGAUGGGUGCAGCCCUGCAGGCUGGUGAGAACUUAUUGUGGUCUAAACCAGGCAAAGAAUCCAAAAACAGUCAGCGCUCCUCUUCCAGCAAGGUCACCUCCUCUCAGCAGCCACUAGGCACCAAUCAAGCUCUGGGCCAGGCCAUGUCCUCUGCUGCUGGCUACAGCAAGAGCAUGCAGCUAGCUGCAGGUACAGAACCAGAGCCAGAUGUGGAGAGUGCCCCUUCUCCCCCCACGGAGCCACCAGGAGAGCUUGAAGCAGAAGAUGACGUCGAGGAAGCAGCAGAGCCUCCCAAAGCCAAAGAAAAGAAGAAGAGCAAAUCCAGAACAGUGGCUGAAUAGAGGUUAUCAGGCACUAAGAAAACUUUGUAAACAGUAGAGUUGUGUUUCCCAACCCAGUGCUUGGAGAUCCAUCAGUGCACACCUCAGGCAGGUUUUCACAAGGUUCAAGUGUGUUAGGAACCAAGCCAGAGCAAUAGCGUGGAUCUUCUGGGGUCUGGACUGGGUUGCAAAAACACACUUAAGAGUAUUUGUGUCCUAUGAAUGUAUAGUAAUAUUUUGGAAGGAAUAUUGUUUGUACGGGAGUUUGUUUUUUUUAGGUAAAUUAGAAAUGGGCAAAGCCAUAUGGGUUAGUUAUAAUCUGCCAUGCUUUCACUGAACAACAUAUUUAAAACAACUGGUCAACAUUUAAUGUGGAGAUCAUAAGAAAAGAAAAAUGAAAGGAAAUCAAGUCAGAAAUUGUGAAUCUGUAAACAUUCAACAUAUUGAAGGUAUUACAGUGGUCAGUGGAAAUAUGGCAGACUAGAACUGGAAUGGCACCCAGAGGCUUGAGUUAUCAAAUGCAGCUUUAAGCUAUAGUCUUUACUGUUGUAUGGAGCACAAAAAUAUCACUUGCUACUUUUUCUUAUACACAGCCAUACUAUUCUACUUGAUAUUUGAUGUUAUUAAAUGUAAUUUCUGGAAACUAAAGUAAGUGGGUCCUUUUGGAUCCUUAAUGGAAGUAUGCAUUACAUUAAUGUAGAUUAAUCAUUUAGCUUUUUCCAACCGCUGUAUAUAAAGCUAGGUGAAGGUCCGCUUCCUGUUUGUAAUGGUUUUAUGAAUUAAAAUGCAGUUUACCAAA